AUGGGUGAUCUACGUUCUGUUCUUCCGUUCAGGUGCAAUGAGAUAGAGAGAGGAAGAUUGCACAAGGAGUGGGAAGCAUGGAAAACAUCACUAGAGUGCUAUUUUGAAUCAGAGGAUAUCAUCGAUCAAAAGAAGAAAAGGGCAAAGCUGCUACAUUUUGGAGGAACACAACUUCAAGCACUUUUCCAAACCUUACCGGAUAGCGAGAAGUUCUCUUAUGUGACACCUGAUAUCCGUUACUAUGAUGUGGCUAUUCUGGCAUUGGAUGACUUUUUCAAACCGGUUCAGCAGGAUGUGCUCGAGCGACAUAGAUUGCGACAUAUGAAACAGAAUCAGGGAGAAAGAUUUGCGGAGUUCGUGAUUCGCGUUCGUCAGCAAAUCAAAGAAUGUGGGGUGGACAAAUACCCUAUUAAGUUCAGAAAAAUUCUAUCAGACAUAAUGCUAACAGAUGCCAUUGUUGAGGGCUGCAUUUCUAAUGAACUACGUCGACAUAUCUUGCAAAAGGAUCGCACGGUGGAAGAAAUAGAAGAGAUUGGUAAAUCACUCGAAGGAGUCGAGCAACAGGUGAAAAAUUUCAGACACAGCGAGGAACCGAAAGCAGAUGUCUUCAAUAUUCGAAAUGACCGACGAUCAAAUUCUGCAACCGGAGCUAUAAAAGCCUCAACCAACAGGAACGUUAACCACCCUUUAGUCGUUAAAACAGGAGAGAUUAAUUGUUUCAAAUGUGGUUAUCGUGGACAUAUUUCUACAGACCCUACAUGUCCAGCUCGAGGAAAAACAUGCAAGAAAUGUAAACGUGUCGGACAUUUCGAAUCCCAGUGUAGAUCAUGGAAGAGAACUAACGCAGCCAAUUCGGAGCUUCGUUCAGGAACAAAGAAGGUACGCACAGUGGAACAUUUUACGGCGAUGGGAGAUGUUGAAUCGGUGGAAUUGACCAGGGAGCAAACGCCAGACGAAGAUCGAGCCAAUAAAGACAAGAAAAUUUACUACGCAUUAUAUGCUGGUAACAAAACGAAUGUUGUCACCUGUGAAAUUGGAGGAAUAAAUAUCGAUUUAUUGGUGGAUUCGGGCGCGGAAGCAAAUUUAAUAACAGAGAAAGCGUGGAAUAUUUUGAAGACUAGAGGAGUGGAAGUUAAGUUUUCAGAAAAAGGGAGCGAUAGAAUUCUGAGAGGGUAUGCUAGUGAGAGGCCGAUGACUAUACUAGGCAGAUUCAUUGCGGUUGUGGCAGUGGGAUCAAAUCAAGAAGAAGCGGAAUUUUUCGUGGUUAAAGGCGGUGAAAGAAGUCUACUUGGAGAUACCACGGCGAAAAGGUUGGGUGUACUUUGGAUCGGGACACAUGUAAAUCAUGUUAUUUCGAAAGCAUCAUCACUUUCGAAGGUCAAAGGAGUUCAAGUUCACAUUCAUAUGGACCCGAAAGCAAAACCAGUAUUUCAACCAGUCAGGCGAUUACCUGUGUCUUUGGAGAGCGCGGUUGAAAGGAAGUUGAAAGAACUAUUAGACAGAGAUGUGAUUGAAGAGAUGAGAGGACCCGCGUCAUGGGUUUCGCCACUCGUUGUAGUUGGGAAGGCCAAUGGAGAACCCAGAAUUUGUUUAGAUUUGCGAAGAGUGAAUGAAUCUGUUCAGCGGGAGCGACAUCCAAUGCCGCUCAUCGAUGAUUUCAUAGCGCGAGUUGGGAAGGACAUGAUGAGAAGCAAGUUGGAUAUCAUGGAUUCAUUUUUACAGUUGGAGCUAGAUGAAGAAUCUCGUAAUGUUAUGACGUUCAUUACAAGUCGCGGGAUGUUCAGGUUCAAAAGAAUGCCUUUUGGAUUGGUUACAGCUCCCGAAACCUUUCAGAAAAUUAUGGAUUCCAUCUUGGCUGGAUGUGAGGGUACAUGGUGGUAUAUUGACGAUAUAUACGUUGAAGGACGAAAUAAGAAAGAACAUGACGCUCGUCUUCGAAUUGUUCUGGAAAAGCUUGAGGAACUUUGGUGGCCCAAAAUCGAUAGAGCGAUUGAAGGAUUUGUGAAGAAAUGCCGGGGAUGUACACUAGUUUCAGUUCCUGAUGCACCUGAGCCGAUGAUGCGGAAAUGUCUGCCAACGGGGCCUUGGGAAGAUAUAGCUAUAGACUUUCUUGGUCCACUUCCAGAGGGGCCAUGGUUACUGGUGGUGGUAGACUAUUAUAGCCGUUUCAUAGAGGUUGUGGAGAUGACGAGAAUCACUGCCCACGAUACUAUUGGAGAGCUGGCGACUAUAUUCGAACGAUUUGGAAUACCACGAACUCUUCGAGCUGACAAUGGACCUCAGGUUAGCUCGGAAUGUGAAGAAUUCCAUAAAUUUGGCCACAAGCGAAUGGCGAAGUUGAACGCCAAAAUCGCACAAUUCUUAAAAGACUUCGGAUUGCAAGUGAACUAG